AUGCUACCUCCUCCUAUCCAUCUACCUAUGCCUCUUGUGCAUCCUCUACAUCGUUAUAAUUACUAUCCAUACACAGCACAGUCGUCGGGACUACAUCCUCUCAACACAAGCAUCAAUACAUACCCACCUAGAAACACACAGACCAAUGUUAGUAUCCUUGCAACAAACACCAGCGUCAAUAUCAAUGAAACCGAUACCCAAAGACAAAAACUACCUAGUUUGAGCAUGGUCCUCAACGAUAUCCAUGCCCUCCCUCCGCCUCCUCCUCUUCCGCCAUUGAACCCAAACAUCUCACUCUUAACGCCUCAUGCCUCCAUUAACGGACCCUACUUGUCAAAUUCACGUGGGAUUUCUGUACUUGAUGGUAAUGCAAUUCCAAACAAAUUGUCCACUUCCGCUUCUGUACCGCUUAGUUCCGCGCACAUCCCCGUCGUCGGAGAUAACAACUACCCAAGUUUGAAUAGCACCACUUCCAAAACCGCUGCGACCCCAACGACAAACGUCAUUACUGGCGAUAAUGACACUACCAACAGUACAGGCAAUACAAGCAACACCUCCACGGCCACGAAUACCAAGACGAGCAAUCUUGCCACUGGCACAGUGAGGAAAUAUAUCUGCAAGAUCUGUGAUAAGGGGUUCACAACAUCUGGCCAUUUGGCGAGACAUCACCGAAUCCAUACAGGGGCCAAGAACCACGUGUGUCCUUGGAAAGACUGUAAUGCAAGGUUUUCUCGCCAGGACAACUGCAUGCAGCACUACAAGACCCAUUUGAAAGUCAAGAAGGGCAGAAGGAAGUACACUGCCAAGAAGUAA